UUUUUCAAUGACUUGAUGCGAAGUUAUCCGCGAACGGGACGGCACGGAAAUCGCUCGAUAUUCAAAUUUCGCGAACAAACGAACAUGAAAAUUAGUUUUCUAACAACCUAAAAUGUUUCUGAAUCGUGUAUGUUGCCUGCGUGGUGUUCUACGAAGUAGGAACAUCUUGGCCCCAUCGUCGUCGCGUUUUAGUGCACCGAAAAAUCGUGUAAUCUCUUCUGUAGUUCGAUUUCCCCCGGCCGCACAUCAGCUGGUGCCACCGAUUGGACAGCGGCCGGACGAAGGAUUCCAGAUAUCCGAUGAAAGCAUCCAAAAGUACUUGGAGAACAUCCGGUUGGAGUACUAUGCGUUGAAAGUUUCCGAUCAGCUGGACAAAAAGGACAUUAAGCGGAUGACACUGUUGUCGCAUGUGGUGGAGAUGUACGAGCAAAGGCGGAUAAUUAUGGACAAUCUCAAGUCCCUGCAGGAGAUGAGUUCCGAAAAGGACGAGGAUAUGUUGCAGUUGAUGAGAGAGGAGAAAGAGGCGUAUAUCAACAUUCUUCGUAAAUUGGAUGGCGAAAUAAUGGAUGGAAUUUUAUCGAUGGACGAUGAAGAAGAUUUCAAUGCACUCAUUUUAGAAGUUGCGGCUGGAGUUGGUGGCCAGGAAGCGAUGUUAUUUACACGAGAAUUAUUUGAUAUGUAUUGUGGCUUCAUCGAGUACAAGGGAUGGGAAACCGAAGUCCUCGAAACCGAGAACACUGAACUGGGAGGAAUUCGUCAUGCAUCCAUCGUCGUGCGUGGAAGGGAUGCCUAUCGGUAUCUCAAGUUCGAGGCCGGUGUGCAUCGGGUACAGCGGGUGCCAACCACGGAAAAAUCUGCUCGAAUACACACCAGUACUGCAACCGUUUCGGUAAUUCCACGGCCGGACGAAUUUCAUAUCGAGCUCAAAGAUAAAGACUUAAAAAUUGAGACUAAACGUGCCAGCGGUGCGGGAGGUCAGCAUGUCAACACCACCGACAGCGCAGUUCGAAUUCUUCACAUCCCUACAGGGAUUGCAGUUGAGUGUCAAACGGAUCGAUCGCAAAUCAAGAAUAGAGAAAUUGCCAAACAGAAACUUUUAGCCAAACUUACCCAGCAGGAACUGGAAAGUAAAUUCAACGCAUCACAGUCCUUGAAAAAAUCUCAAGUUGGUUGCAGUCUAAGGAAUGAAAAAAUCCGUACUUACAACUACAACCAGGAUCGCAUUACCGACCACAGAGUCGAGGGUGGGACCACGCACAAUCUGAAAGCAUUCCUCGAGGGUGGUUCUCAAUUGGAAGACAUGAUUGCAAAAUUGCAGGCUAUGCACCGAAAGAAGCAACUGAUGGACAUUAUUAACAGCUCUUUAGAAACUAAGUAGAAGAGACAUAUAUCAUUAAUAAACGCUUCAUUAACAAAUCGUUAAACCGUUAAAAAAGCUUCAACCUUUAUUUCGC